AUGUUUUCUUUAGUGGACCCAAACGAUCUCAAGAUAGUCGAAGGUCCCUUGAGGCCUCCAUAUGUUCAAAUACCGAAGGCCAGUUUAAUAGAAGGGCUUCCAGACGGCAUACUAGCAGCAAUAGCCCCGGUCGUGGCGUACUGGGUGUACUCGACUUUUUACCACAUAAUCGAUGUCUACGAGCUUGCCGAGAGGUAUAGAAUCCACCCGUCGGAAGAGAUGCUGCGGAAAAACACCGUGUCUCUCGCCACUGUGAUUCGAGACGUUAUUUUGCAACAUGUCAUCCAGACCAUUGCGGCUUUAAUUUUCUACCAGUUUGAUCCCAAACCCACGACCGGCUACGAAAACCACACUCUCUGGGGAUGGCGACAGGUGGUGCCCGACGCUGUUCCAACGUGGGCGCUCUAUCUGAUAUACUGGUAUGGCCUUUCGCUUCUCAAGAUCACAAUAGCAUUUUUCAUCAUUGAUAGCUGGCAGUACAUGCUCCAUCGCGCCAUGCAUCUGAACAAAUGGUUGUACAGACGCUUCCACUCUCGCCACCACAGACUCUACGUUCCAUAUGCAUUUGGUGCUCUUUUUAAUGAUCCAGUUGAGGGUUUCCUGCUCGACACGGUAGGCACUGGAAUCGCCAGUUUGGUGACCGGACUAAGUCCCCGCGAGCAGAUUUUCCUUUACACGUUUUCCACGCUGAAAACCGUUGACGACCACUGUGGAUACGCGUUUCCAUUCGACCCGUUCCAGAUCGUGUUCCCGAACAACUCGAUUUACCACGAUAUCCACCACCAGCAUUUCGGAGUGAAGUUUAAUUUUUCGCAGCCUUUCUUCACCAUCUGGGACAAGCUGUUUGAUACUACCUACCACGGCGUUGAUGAGUACUCGGAUAAGCAGAAGAAAAUCACGCUAGAGAAGUACAAAUUAUUUUUGGAGGAGCGCAGAAAAAAGAAUGAAAAGAGAAAACUGCAGGAGCAAGACAAGCUGAAGCGCAAAGACGAGAAACAAGAGUAA